AUCCUCUCCCUGCGAGGGGCGAUGAGAAGCUGUUCCCACAAUUCCAUAGAAGCAGAGGCGAUGGUGGCCAGCGGUGGCACCGACAGCCAUGCCGUUGAUGCUGCUUCUGCGGCACCUGCAGGUGACCAGAAGAAGCUGGAUGCCGGAGCUCUUUUUGUUCUCCAGUCCAAAGGCUCAUGGCUACACUGCGCCUACCAUCUCACCACCUCCAUCGUCUCCCCGGCGCUGCUCAGCCUCCCCUUGGCGUUCGCGUCGCUCGGGUGGGCGUCGGCCGUGGCGUGCCUCGUCAUGGGCGCCGCCGUCACAUUCUACUCCUACAACCUCCUCUCCCUCGUUCUCGAGCACCACGAUCAGCUCGGCCGCCGCCAACUGCGAUUCAGGGACAUGGCCCACGACAUCCUCGGGCCAAAAUGGGGUCGUUACUAUGUUGCCCCAAUUCAGUUCACAAUAUGCUUUUCUACAGUUUUUGGUGUAGGCCUACUGGGAGGACAAAGCUUGAAGUCCAUAUACCUGAUUGCAAGGCCGGAAGGCACGAUGAAAUUUUAUGAGUUCGUGGCCAUCUUCGGGGUAUUCAUGAUGGUCCUGGCGCAGAUCCCCUCCUUCCACUCCCUCAGGCAUGUCAACCUCAUCUCUCUAAUGCUCUGCUUGGCGUACAGUGCAUGUGCCACUGCAGGUUCCAUUUAUGCAGGUAUUAUUCCUUUCCCUCUCUACGCUUAA